AAAACAUCUGAAAUGGAGACUUUCAGAUGCACCACAUAAACAUAAAGGUGAGUGAGAAAAGCAAUUCCAUACAAUGGAUGGGAUCUUGUGAACGGACGAGAAAUCAGAAACCCGGCCGAGCGAAACUAUUUCGUCGAGGAGGAGCUUUACGAGCUUCCAUUCCUGAAGGAAGAUAUCUCUGAAGAACCCUCUCUUUGGAGUCGUGCUCGUCAUCGCCCUCUUUCGCCUUCUAGUAAUGCAGCGUUGCUCGCUGCCCUGUUCAAUUCCUUCUCAGCACCCUCCGCUUUCAUGCUCGGAGCAGAUUGCUCUUUCCUAGACGUCAUCCGGCAGCUUUGAUCACUGCCAAUUGAGGGUUCAUUCAAAUUUCCCGCUAAAGAUUUCUGUUGGAAUUGGUCGGCACCCAUCCGCUAAAGAUUUAGCCUUUGUUAAUUUGGAAGCACGGGUACCCGGGUUUUUGUAAGCAGGGACGAUCGAGCUAGGGUAUAGGGUCGGGGAGCCGUCGGACUAGUCCGUUCCAUUGUUUCCGGCAAGGUUGUACUGUAGUUUUGCUUCUGAAGGACAGGGACGAUCGACCAAGGUGAGUUUUUAUUUUUUUAUUUUUUAUACAGACGACGUCGUUUCGGAUUCCAGGAGAAAAAAUAAGGCCGGUUGGGCCAAGGCAGGCCCAACAAGUAACAGCCCAAACGAAGGCAUUAAGCCCUGGCCGCACAAGCAGCAAAGCAGUUCAAUCCUUCGCAUCAGUUGAAGACGGCAAAUUAUUUACAACCAGAGAUACUGAGACACAGAGCAUUCGACGACCUCCAGAGCCCAGGCUAAAGUGGCUCCAUUAUGGCAAUAUGUACGUGAUGUCUGUCCUCAACACUGGGAUGCAUCCAUUCUACUAAAAUUCAUAUUUCGGGGAUAAGCGGUAACAUUUCAGACUUCCAGUUUUACAGAAGGAUUUUGCAAACAUGAAAAAUGUGGGGAAAAUGGGUGUUCAUUAUCUGCACAAAUUGAGUGCUGAAUGUAUACCAAAAGAUUUGAUAGAGAAGGGGCAAAAGCGUGUUAUCGAGGCGUCUCUCACGCUUAUCCGAGAGCGGGCAAAGUUAAAGGGAGAACUUCUCCGAGCUCUAGGGGGAGUAGUAGCAUCACCAACUCUUUUAGGGGUUCCUCUUGGACAUAAUUCCUCAUUUCUUCAAGGGCCUGCAUUUGCUCCUCCCCGCAUUCGAGAGGCUAUAUGGUGUGGCAGCACAAACUCUACAACUGAAGAAGGCAAAGACUUGAGUGAUCCACGUAUCUUGACUGAUGCUGGCGAUGUGCCGGUACAAGAGUUACGAGACUGUGGGGUAGACGAUGAUGGAUUAAUGGAUAUUAUCAGUAAAUCUGUCAAGCUAGUGAUGGACGAGGUUCCGUUGUGCCCCUUAGUCUUGGGGGGCGAUCACUCAAUAUCAUAUCCUGUCGUGAGAGCUGUGUCUGAGAAGCUGGGUGGACAAGUAGAUAUCCUUCACUUGGAUGCUCACCCUGAUAACUACCAUGCCUUUGAAGGAAACAAAUACUCACAUGCCUCUAGUUUUGCUAGAAUAAUGGAAGGUGGUUAUGCCAGGCGGCUCUUGCAAGUUGGGAUUAGAUCAAUCUCAAAAGAAGGCCGUGAACAAGCUAAAAAAUUUGGCACUGAGCUAUAUGAAAUGAGGACAUUUUCCAGAGACCGCCAAUAUCUAGAAAACCUGAAACUAGGUGAGGGGGUGAAGGGUGUGUAUGUGUCUGUUGAUAUAGACUCUCUUGACCCUGCUUUUGCUCCGGGUGUAUCUCACAUAGAGCCAGGCGGUCUCUCUUUCCGAGACGUCCUCAACAUACUCCACAAUCUUCAAGGUGACAUUGUGGGUGCUGAUGUCGUUGAAUUCAACCCACAGCGUGACACUGUUGAUGGGAUGACCGCUAUGGUUGCUGCAAAGCUAGUUAGAGAACUGGCUGCUAAGAUAUCGAAGUGACACAAGUUUGGUUUAGAGAUUUUCAUGUCAAAGAAGGCCUCACACCUAAACAGGUCCUAGGCUGAGCAAGGCGGGGAUAUUUAGCAAGGCUGAGCAGCCAGUGAGGGAUUGGCUACACUUGCUUUCACAGAAGUGGAAGUGAACAUGGUCCUUUUCUCCAAGUCUGUGAUGAGAAAAUCAAAUGCAGAUGCUGCCAACUUCUUUAGCAGGUGGAUGGGUACCCUUUACAUUUUCUCCCUCUUAGGAGCUUUCCUCAGUGAUUCUCAAUGAAAUCAAAAGUUACGUAUUUGAUUAUAAAGUUGGUUGAUAAUAUUAAUAAACCGAAAACAAGGAUUAUCAAAUGCCAUCUUUAACCUUUC